AUGAGCUGUCUCCUUGGCCAAGAUCCACCACAGCAGUCCCCGACAUCGUCGUCCUCCGCCCACGACCAUGACCAGCACCUUGCUGUCUUGCCGUCCUCCGGCCCCAAUGGCCUACAUAUUCCACACGUCCAGCACCCUACCUCCGCAAUGGCAACGGCACUGCGCGCCCUGAAUGACUUCACAGAUACCCCAUCAAAUCCGCGAAGCGUCAGCUCAACAGCGACCAACUCGCCUCGCAUUCCACCUUUGCGACAAAACUCAGGGACACAGAGCCCGCGCGUGCGACCUCAUGCGACAACAUUGAACAUCCCUGGCAUGACGAGAUCCAAAGUCUCACCUGAUGGACGAAUCCCACAGCGCGAUGUGGCUGCUAAGCUCGUCAUCGUCAUGGUUGGUCUGCCAGCUCGGGGCAAAUCAUAUAUCACAAAGAAGCUUCAGCGCUACUUGUCAUGGCAGCAGCACGAGUCGCGGAUUUUCAAUGUGGGCAACCGCCGAAGAAUAGCCACGGGAACCCAGGCGUCCGUUCACCCCAGGCUUGCACCUGAGCCUGCCCGUCUCGAUCCUCCGGUAGAAGCUGCUGCUAUCUUGCUCAAUGGUGUGCCACAUCCCAAUGGGAUUUCUUCCAGACAUAAUCUUCUCGAACCACCUGCAUUUGACUUGAACCGGGGGAGGGAUGAGGAAAUUGUUACCAGCCCCACUGCUGAGAACGAGGCUGAAAAUGGUGACGUUGACCAGUCGGCGAAAUUCUUUGAUCCGAAGAACGAAAAAGCCGCGGCCAUGCGUGAACAAGUAGCGAUGAAUACGCUGGACGAGCUUCUCGAUUAUCUCCUUGUGGAGGGUGGCGCAGUUGGGAUUCUGGAUGCUACCAACAGUACAAUCGCCCGUCGUCAACAUGUGGUCGAGCGCAUCAAGGACAGGGAGCCAAAGCUUGGCAUUCUAUUUGUCGAGAGCGUAUGUCAUGACCCUGAUCUUCUCGAAGCCAACAUGCGUCUGAAGCUCUCUGGUCCGGAUUACCGAGACAAGGACCCUCACCAAUCCUUGUUGGAUUUCAAGGCCCGAGUUGAGGCAUACGCCAGCGCAUAUGAACCUCUGGGCGAAUGGGAGGAAAAGAACUACCUCCAGUACAUCCAGAUGAUCGACGUCGGGAGAAAACUAGUUCAGCAUAGACUGACAGGCUUUCUAAGUGACGGCAUUGCUUCAUAUCUGUCAACCUUCAACUUGUCCCCCAGACAAAUUUGGAUUACAAGACAUGGCCAGAGCGUUGACAACGAGCUAGGCAAGCUCGGAGGAGACGCCCCAAUGACAGAGAGGGGCCAUUUCUAUGGAUUUGCCCUGCACAGGUUUAUUACCCAUAAGCGUAGGCAAUGGCUCAUGGAACAAAAGAGCAAGAUUGCUCAGGCAUCCUUCCCUCCGCUGCCAGGAUCUAACACUCCCCCUUACCCCGAAUCUAAUCGAGAAUUGGAUGAGAAGAAUUUCUGUGUCUGGACCUCUAUGCUUAGACGAAGUGUCGAGACCGCCGAGUACUUCGACGCCGACGAAGACUAUGACGUCAAGAACUGGGAAAUGCUCAACGAGCUUAACACUGGCCAGUUCGAGGGGAUGACGUACGCGGAAAUUGCCAGGAACCAUCCAGAAGAAUUCAAGAAGCGAGCCAGCGACAAGCUCAACUACAUUUAUCCUGGCGUCGGAGGAGAGGGGUACCUCCAGGUUAUUAGCCGACUUCGUGACAUGGUCCGGGAAAUUGAACGCAUCACUGACCACGUUCUCAUUAUUGGACAUCGCUCUGUCUGCCGUGUCCUAAUGGCAUAUUUUAUGGACCUCACUCACGAAGAUAUCACCGACAUGGAUGUCCCACUUGGUAUGCUCUACGCCAUUGAGCCAAAGCCUUACGGCAUCGAAUUUCAUGCCUAUCGAUACAAUGAAACUGAGAGCUGGUUCGAUGAGCUACCAAACUAUAAGCCGCAGAAGGCUGCCCGUGGCAGCGUGUAA